AAAGAUGCCUAAAGUCACCUUCUGCUCCAGGACCCUUCCCAGCAUCACCUCUCUUCUCAGGCUGAGACUGACCUUGGGGCCCAGAAGUUUCAACCAGGCAGAGAGCUCAAGGGACCAUGGGCCAGGGGUGGAGGAAGCCAGAGGGUGUCUGCACAUCUCCUAGAUGUGCAGCUCGUAGGGAAAGGAGAGGAAGGGGCCAAACCCACAGCAAGAAUGACGUGGGUCAGACUCUGACCAUUGGGGCUGUAUAGGCUGAGGCUGCCUCUUCCUGAACCCCUCGGGACAAUGACCGGUAGAUGCUGGCCCAGGUCUGGCGCCAUGCCCGGGCACUCGGAGCCCUAGGCCACACCCGGGCAGUGUGGGAGCAGCCCCUGCUCACUCCCGGGCUCACCCCCUCCCCACUGCCCACUGCCACGCCAUGGCUGGGGACCGGCUCCCUCGGAAGGUGAUGGAUGCCAAGAAACUGGCCAGCCUGCUGCGGGGCGGGCCCGGGGGCCCACUGGUCAUUGACAGCCGCUCCUUUGUGGAAUACAACAGCUGGCACGUGCUCAGCUCUGUCAAUAUCUGCUGCUCCAAGCUGGUGAAGCGGCGACUGCAGCAGGGCAAGGUGACCAUCGCAGAGCUGAUCCAGCCCACCUCACGCAGCCAGGUGGAGGCCACGGAGCCGCAGGACGUGGUGGUCUAUGACCAGAGCACAAGGGACGCCAGCGUGCUGGCCGCAGACAGCUUCCUCUCCAUCCUGCUCAGCAAGCUGGACGGCUGCUUCGACAGCGUGGCCAUCCUCACAGGGGGCUUUGCCACCUUCUCCUCCUGCUUCCCUGGCCUCUGUGAGGGCAAGCCUGCUGCCCUGCUGCCCAUGAGCCUCUCCCAGCCCUGCCUGCCCGUGCCCAGCGUGGGCCUGACCCGCAUCCUGCCUCACCUCUACCUGGGCUCCCAGAAGGAUGUCCUGAACAAGGUGCGUGCGCCGCCGGAGCCCAAAGCAGCUCCCAGGCUGGGCUGGGGGAAUGGCGGAUGCACACAGGAUCUGAUGACCCAAAACGGAAUAAGCUACGUCCUCAACGCCAGCAGCUCCUGCCCCAAACCUGACUUCAUCUGUGAGAGCCGCUUCCUGCGCAUUCCCAUCAACGACAACUACUGUGAGAAGCUGCUGCCCUGGCUGGACAAGUCCAUUGAGUUCAUCGAUAAAGCCAAGCUGUCCAGCUGCCAAGUCAUCGUCCACUGUCUGGCCGGCAUCUCCCGCUCUGCUACCAUCGCCAUCGCUUACAUCAUGAAGACCAUGGGCAUGUCCUCCGAUGAUGCCUACAGGUUCGUGAAGGACCGUCGCCCGUCCAUUUCGCCCAACUUCAAUUUCCUGGGCCAGCUGCUGGAGUACGAACGCAGCCUGAAGCUGCUGGCCGCCCUGCAGGGCGACGGGGCGUCCCACCCUGGGACCCCGGAGCCCCUCCCGGGCCCUGCCGCCCCACUGCCGCCGCUGCCACCACCUACCUCAGAGAGUGCUGCCACCGGGAGCGCAGCGGCCACCACCACCAGGGAGGGCGCACAGAUGGGGGGUGGGGAGACCCCCACCCCCGCCCCGGCCACCAGCGCGCUGCAGCAGGGCCUGCGUGGCCUGCACCUCUCCUCUGACCGCCUCCAGGACACCAACCGCCUCAAGCGCUCCUUCUCGCUGGACAUCAAGUCGGCCUACGCGCCGAGCCGGCAGCCCGAAGACCCCGGGCCCCCAGACCCCGGGGAGGCCUCCAAACUCUGCAAACUGGACAGCCCGUCGGGGGGCGUGCUGAGUCUGCCCUCCCCCAGCCCCGACAGCCCGGACGCGGCGCCGGAGCUGCGCCCCAGGCUCCGCCGGCGGCCCCGGCCCCUAGCCGGCUCCCCGGCGCCGGGCCUCGGCCUGAACUUCGGUGACGCCGCCCGGCAGACUCCGCGGCUCGGCCUCUCGGCCCUGUCGGCGCCCGGACUGCCCGGCCCUAGCCAGCCGGCCGGCCCUGGCGGCUGGGCGCUGCCGCUCGACUCCCCGGGCACGCCGUCCCCCGACGGGCCCUGGUGCUGCAGCCCCGAGGGCGCGCAGGGCGCGGGCGGCGCGCGGUUCGCACCCUUCGGCCGGGCCAGCGGGCCCGGCGCGGGAGGCGGCGAGCUGCGGCGGCGGGAGACGGCGAGGCCCGAGGCCCGGGACGCGAGGACCGGCUGGCCCGACGAGCCGGCCCCGGAGACGCAGUUCAAGCGCCGCAGCUGCCAGAUGGAGUUUGAGGAGGGCAUGGUGGAGGGGCGCGCGCGCGGCGAGGAGCGGGCCGCCCUGGGCAAGCAGGCCAGCUUCUCGGGCAGCGCGGAGGUCAUCGAGGUGUCCUGACCGCAGCCGGAAGCGGCCCCUCCGCGGGGACCCGGCGCCCCCAGCCCUUCCGCUGCCCUCGGCUGGGCCCGCUAUAAAUACAUAUUAUAUAUAAUGCAAUGAAAGGUAAAUGGUUUUACUGCGAUUUUUAUCGAGAAGUAAAUAUUUCAAUUUUUUAUUUA